ACCAUACCUUUCAAACAAAAACUAAAAAAUAAAACUGAACUAUAUAAAUUAAUUAUUAUGUCCUUAGUUUGUGCACAUCCAUUCACUCAAAUUCAAUUCAAUUAUUCACCAUCAAUGGAAAAUGCAAAACAAAGAUAUGCUGUUGUUACAGGAUCAAAUAAAGGGAUAGGAUUGGAAACUGUUAAAAGAUUAGCUUCAAAUGGAAUCAAAGUUGUUCUUACAUCUAGGAAUGAAAAAAGAGGGAUUCAAGCUUUUGAGAAAUUGAAGAAAGAGUUUAGUUUUUGUAACUUUGUUGUUUUUCAUCAACUUGAUGUUACUGAUCCUUUUAGUAUUUCAUCAUUGGUUGAGUUUGUUAAGACUCAGUUUGGAAGACUUGAUAUCUUGGUUAAUAAUGCAGGAAUCAAUGGUUUCAACACAGAUGAGAUUGUGGAACCAAUUAUUAAUUGGAGGGAAUUAAGUCAAACUUAUGAGAUGGCUGAAAAAUGUAUAAUAACAAAUUACUAUGGUGCUAAAGAAACUACUGAGGCUUUUCUUCCUCUCCUUCAAUUAUCUGAUUCACCUGUCAUUGUUAAUGUUUCUUCUGCAGCAGGACUAUUAAAGUACAUAUCAAAUGAAUGGGCACAUAAUGUGUUAGAUGAUACAGAAAAUCUAACUGAAGAUCUAAUAGAUGACGUACUAAAAGAGUUUCUAAAAGACUUCAAACAAGAUUCACUUGAAAACAAUGGUUGGCCAACUUAUCUAUGUUCCUAUAAACUCUCAAAAGCAGCUGUGAAUUCAUACACAAGACUUUUAGCUUAUAGACAUCCAAAUAUGUGUAUUAAUUGUGUAUGUCCUGGUUUUGUUAAAACAGAUAUGAAUAGAAACACAGGUGAUUUAUCUGUUGAAAAUGGUGCUGCUAGUGUUGUGAGAUUAGCAUUAGUUUCUAGUGGUUCUUCGACUUCUGGUCACUUCUUUGCUCGCCAUGAUUUGUCUAGCUUUUGAAUAAAUUUCAUUGUGUUAAAAUCUUUGCAUAUUAAAGGAGGUUGAAAUUAUAGGAUAUGUGUCUUUUUUGAUGCAUUUUUUU